AUGUCUAAAUCGCUUGUGAAGAAAGCAUUUGCUUUAGCGGAACAAGAACUGUCUUCGUCAAGGCGCAAAACAGAUGAAAAAGCAACCAAACGAAAAGCAAGUGCCCUGGAACUGAUACCUCGACACCAGAAACUGGUACAGAUAGUUGGGAAGAAAGGGAAAAAGGUAGAGAAAGAUUUGGUUCGCCGGCGGGAAAAACUCACCGUUACGGACGUACGAGAAGAGCUAGCUAAUCGGCGCGAUCCUACAGACGAUAACGUUAAAAAACUGCUAAUGUUAACCUCAUCCAACCUGGACGAUGUAUCCCGCGAAACGAUCAUUAAACGUGCGCGCACCGGUCACUACGUAUCACGGGUACGCGUGCCAAAGAGCAACAGAAAUAAGUAUGCAAGCACAACGGUUACAGAUGAUACCGACAACCAAGGGGCCGCAGGAGAGAGCGUAUUUACUGAGGAUGAUUUUGCUAACUUUGCAAAGGAGUUGGAAAAAAGUGGAUUACUGCAAUGA